GUCAGCUAUUUGGCCUAUUUGUCAAACAAAAACAUCUCGAUAACACGAAAAAAAUAACUAGUUACAAUGAUAAAAUGGAGAUAUUAUUGAGAUUUGUGCCAACAAAUCCAUUAAGAUUAACUGUUUCUAGAAUUUUAUUUAACCAAGUAGCUCAUUACACUAGAUUGGCUGAAGUCGGAAAGCUCGAAGCUCCGAAGACUUCUGGCAAAUAUGACACAGGGCAGUUAAUUCUACAUAAGGUUUUCGGGUAUAGAGGAGUGAUUCUGUUCCCUUGGUUGGCGAGAGUAUAUGAUAGAGAUGCAUCCAAUAAGAAGGAGAAUCCUGAGACCUCGGGCCCCGGAGAAGCCUCCGGGGAUACGCUCUCUAACGUAGGCAAAGAGGUCAAGGGCAGAACUCACACCUUUUACCAGGUGCUGAUAGAUACAAGGGACGCACCUUACAUACGAGCUCAAACGGAAGCAGUGACGUUCCUAGGCAACCAGGAGUCUUCUCGCAGCCUAUACGCCAUCCCGGGGCUCGACUACGUGGCGCACGACGACAUCAUGCCCUACUCCUCCGUGGAGCGUGUUCCGCUGCAGCACGAGCUGUUUGACAAGUUCCUCAUGCACAACCCGGACAAGGACCCACCCUUCAUAGCGCAGGAGACGCUCCGCGCGUGGCAGAAAAAGAACCACCCAUGGCUCGAACUUAGCGACGUACACCGCGAGACCACGGAGGGAGUGCGAGUCACCGUCAUACCGUUCUACAUGGGCAGCCGCGAGAGCCAGAAUUGCGCCGUUUAUUGGUGGCGGUACUGCAUCCGACUUGAAAACCUCGGCGCAGCGGCAGUCCAACUGCGCGAGCGGCACUGGCGUAUCUUCUCCCUCUCCGGCACCCUCGAGACGGUGCGGGGCCGCGGCGUGGUCGGCCAGGAGCCCGUGCUGGCCAGGCACUCGCCCGCCUUCCAGUACUCCAGCCACGUGAGCCUGCAAGCGCCCUCGGGUCACAUGUGGGGAACAUUCCGCAUGGAGCGCGAGGACGGCUACACGUUCGACUGCCGCAUCCCGCCAUUCUCUCUCGAGAGCAAACCCGACGAUGCGCCUGCGCCGCCCGCGCCCUCCGCGUGACGUCACACGCCUAUUUUAUUGGCGACGAGGAAACUUACGAGGCGGUCUUUAGUUGGCGACGAGGGAAGCAGAACUAAACGUUAUUUAGUUUUAUUAACUACAAUUAUUGUUUUUUUUUAUCACACUAGUCGUAUCGAAAUCAAACUGAUUAAAAUAACAAAUACUAUUCACCGUAAACCGUAUAAUUUGUUGAUAUAAUUUGUGGCCAAACUUGACAUCUAAAUUAGAGAAUUAAUGAAAUGUGAAUAACUUAAGUUUCUGUGUGCAAUUGAAAUUGUAGCUUGAGAUUUAGUUAUACAAUAAAUACUCUGUGAUAGCAUACAAUUUAUUAUCAUUUGUCACAAUGUAAAAUCUGAAAAGAUCAUACCAAUUGUUUAGACUUCUGCUUCCUUAAUUGCGAUCUAAUUGGCAAGGAAGAGCAUACUAUAACAUCGUGAUUGUAUAUCACCAUUUUAGAAUUGUGACUUGAAAACUAUAGAAGCUGAAAAACGAACUUCAAAACACAUUCUCAAGUGCACCUAAUACAACUAAACUAAAUCUUGAAAAACUAUUCAGUUUAAGUUCUGUAAAUUUAAUAAAAAUAAUUUAAAACUAUAAUAACUCCGGUUCCAAGGGCCACAUUGUUCUUUUCAAAUCCUUGAACUGGUAUAUAAUAAUAUAAUAUAAUAUAUAAGGAUUAUAAGACGACAUAGAAAAGCAAAUCCCAUAAGGAUAAAAAGGAAUUGUGUUGUGCAUUAGCGAAUAUUUCUGCCUCUGUCCCACCACCGACAAUUAGCGAGUGACAAGCUGGAUGUUUUCUUAUAGAAUAUGUAUGUUUUUGUGCAAGAUAACUGCAUUAAGCUUAUCUCCGCCAGUGGAACCGGUGCCUCAAUGAUGAAGAUUUUUUAUCAAGAUACCUGAUACAUAUAAGCUAAUGAACAGUUCUGUUUUGAAUUUCGUUUCUCAGUGUUCCUUAACGUCAAAAUCCGUUAUUUUAGGGACAUUAACUAAUUUUAACUGUUGCAUCGCAUUGACGACGUUAACAUUCUAGCCAAUUCUUUAGGAAAAGUAGAAAUUAUAUUAUAAUUUAAAUAUAGUAUUUAUGAACCUAUUCAUUGCAUCCCCUUGUUUGUUCCACUUGAAAUUCUUUAGUCAUUUUUUAAAUAAAUACAUAGAUCUUUAUUAAAAUUACAGUAUUGUGAA